GUAAGUGCAGCAUGGCCAGCCUGCAGACCCCGCUUCUCGUGGCUCUCAUCCUUCUUGCCGUGGCACUUCAGACAUCGGAUGCAGGUCCCUAUGGUGCCAACGUGGAAGACAGCAUCUGCUGCCAGGACUACAUCCGUCAGCCCCUGCCGCCGCGCGUAGUGAAGGAGUUCUUCUGGACCUCAAAGUCCUGCCGCAAGCCUGGCGUUGUUUUGAUAACCAUCAAGAACCGGGAUAUCUGUGCCGACCCCAGGCUGCCCUGGGUGAAGAGGAUUCUCCAUAAGCUGGCCUGGUGAAGAAGGCCUGAUG